UCUCACCCAAAACAAUAAUACGGCGCUUUCAACGUUUACACCUUUUCCUUAUUCUUACCACUUCCUUUUUCUCCCUCCUCAAACCCUAGAAGAAAAAAAACCAGAAAAAACCCAGAAAUCAAAGCAAAAAUGAGGAGAGAAGGUCGUCCACAUGGUAUGGUAAGAACAUACCAUGUAUUACCAGCACCAUUGAACCCUAAACCCGCUUCUCGAAUCGUUAACCCGCUCGAUAUACCGCCAACGGCUGGCCUUUUCACCAAGAUCUCCAACAAGCCGACUAACCACUCCAAAUUCACCGGUAAAUGUGAAAAGGUACGGUGUCCCGACUGCCAUCUCCACCCUGCUUGUAAGGCUAAGGUUAAAUCUAAGGGUGCUCUUAAACUUAAAACUUCCAACGCCGCCCUGGAUUACCGCCAGGUUACUUUUCGGGUCACGGGUCCUAAUAAGUUGCGGAAUAAUGGCUACUCCGCUUCUGGUAUUCUUGAUGAGUUGAAUAUUGAUUAUCAUCAUCAUCAUGAUCUUAUCCAUGAUGAUGAUAACCACUAUGAUUAUGAUUAUUCUGAUGAUGAUGAUGAUAAUGUUGUUGACCAAGAAAAAAUAGAGAUUUUGGUUGAAACUGGGGUCCAUGUUGUUAAUGAUGUUCAUGUUGAUGAUGAUGGUGAUCUUGUUGUUAAAGAGGAUGAUGUUGAUGUUAUCAUCCAUGCCGGCGUAACGGAUGAUGGUGAUGAUGGGUACAUGGGUUUCUAUGAUGUGGCAUAUGUGUUGAAUCAUGUGGAUGAAGAUGAAGAAGGUUGGUCUGUUGUUGGAGGAGAUAAGAUUUGAAUUUGUUAUUAUCUUUAACUAAUUGUAAAAUUACUCCUCUAAUAUUCUCUUUUGUGUUUUUAUUUAAGAUUUGUGCAAGUGAUUAUAUGUUUAUUUUUACA